AAAAAUGUGUGAGAAAUGCUACUCCUCUACUGAAACUGAGCUUUUUCCUUCCCCAGCCAUGGCGACUGCGCUGCUUCAAAAUCCAUCAAUCCAAACGCUUUAAGCAUUUCGAUUUCUGAGGCAAGUCGUUUCCAUUUCCCAAUCGCAAUUUCAGUUUCUAUCAUCAUGAUUGCAAUUGCACGCAAAAAUCUCUCCUCUUUAGCUUUGAACCCUAAUUCAUUUCUCUGCAACUCCAAUCUACAUUUCCUUCCACCAUUCCACUUUUUCUCGACUUCGAGGAUCAAGAGACUAACCCCUAGCGCUAAAAUUCACGAUGUUUUGGUCAAUAAACACCAAUUUCUUCCUGAAUUAGCUUCGCGUUUGCGUAAAUUUAGAGACCCCCAAAGAGCCGAUUCAGUUCUAUCAUUCCUUAAAGAGAAUAGCUUUACAACUACUCAGCUGCAGAAAUUAGUAAUAUAUGAUCCUCGGAUUCUAGGGUUUACGAUUGAGGGUUUGGACUCCAGAUUGAAGGUAUUCCAAAAUUUGGGGCUUUCUUCCAAGGAGAUUGCCAAGGUGAUUUCCAGUAAUAAGACGAUUUUACAUUCAAGUAUGGCGAACAAGAUCAUUCCCAAUUUAUCGCUGCUGAAGGGCUUGCUGGGAUCCAAUGAUGGUGUGGCCAAACUUUUGAAAAGUUGCUCCUGGUUUAUGAUAUAUGAUUUGGAGAAAACCUUAAUGCCAAAUGUGGAAAUCUUGAAGAGAUGUAGCAUACCAAUGGAGCGCAUCCUUCACUUGCUCUACAGUCUACCGAGAGCGUUCUUGGUCAAGUCGGAUAUCAUGAGGAGAUCGGUAGACAAGGCCAUAGAAUUCGGGGUCCCUCGCACUUCAGUUGUUUUUAUCUAUGCUGUUGGUCUGUUUCACUUUACGAGCCAAGGGCUGUGGGAAGUCAAGCUGCAAACUCUCCGCGAUUUGGGAUUUUCUGAUGAUGAUAUAUUGGCAAUGUUUAGGAAGCAACCACAUGUUUUUAGAGCAUCUGGACACAAACUGAAGAACAAAAUAGAGUUUCUUCUUGCUACUGGGAAGUUCAAUAUAUCCAGUGUUGUAGCUUGUCCCGUAGCACUUGCGUGCAGUAUUGAGAAGAGGCUUGAGCCGCGGAUGCAAAUUCUGAGACUUUUGGAGAUAAGGAAUCUGAUUGAAAAGUGGCCUAGCCUUUCAGGAAUUUCUUCGUUUACAGAUUAUAUGUUUUUUGAUAAAUUUAUUAGGCCUUAUUAUGAUGAGAUUGGCGAAGAGUGCAUCAUCAAGAAAUUUGUCACAGGAAAUAAAAGAGUUGAAGCUGUAAGCAAAUGCUUGCUGAGCUCAGGUUGAAGUAACAGUGAAUAGGUUAAGUAAAAGGUGAAUAGAUGUUUAGUUUCUUAUUAGGCCUUAUGGUGAUGAGAUUACCGAAGAACACAUCACAAAGGUUAGCAAUGAUUAGGUAAAAUAAGGAGGUUAGAACCAUUCUGCUGUUUGGUGGUGUUUCUGCUGAAAGCCGUGACAUUGUGCAGCGUCUUCCUGUUCUUGUCCUGAUUGCUCGUCCUGAGAUUAGAAACUUUGGUGUUGCUUGUUCUGA